AAACACCCAACAAUUAAUAUCUCAUUCCACCGCUGACAUGACUGUAAAUUAUCAUGUAAAAAAUAGGUUUGCAUGUGUUUGUGUCCAGAUUUUUGACAGGGUAAAUUGACAUCUGAAUGCCAUUAAUCACAGAAUCUGUUUCUUUAAUGUCUAUUGUACAAGACUGAUUUUUUGGACUGUUGUUCCAGGACACCUCACACUCUGAGUGUCUUUAUUUUACUGUACAUGAGCAGAGGAUGUGCUGAACUCAUUUUCUUGUUUCUGGAGAAUGGCAGAGAGCCGACCCAUGGCUUAGGGCUGAGCUAUAUAAGUACCAGACAAAGACCUGGGCUGCACAUUCACUCUCUGUCUUUCUCACUUCAACUAUUUAGCUACUGCUCUGUAAAUAAAUCACAGACACAAGGAGUUAAAAGGCUGUCCAUUUCACAGAGAAACGGUUGAUUUGAAUCUGUGUUGGACUAUUUUUAGUGUGGAGCUGUGUGAGAGCACCAUUACCAGAGGUCAGAAGUCGUUUACAAAGAGCCAGGAUGGGCUCCCUCUCAAUACAGACCUUUCUUCUAUUUCUUUUGGGAACUACAUGCACCUUUACUCAGUGGACCCAGAGAGGCAUCAGCAAAAGAUCAGAGAGACCAAACCCAGCUGUGAAUCAUAAUGGGGAUGACUAUGAGUGGACCACAUGGUUCAAUGUUGAUCAUCCUGGAGGUAAAGGAGAUUACGAGAAGCUGAAUGUCAUUGCGUUCUAUUAUCGGACUCGUGUGUGUGAGGUUCCUCGGGCUCUUGAAGCACGCACUACUGAAUGGAUCCCAGCGCGCAGCACCGGGGAAAGAGUGCAUGCUGAUCCAGCUGUGGGCUUCUGGUGUGUUAAUGCCGAACAGCCUGUUGGGAGAAACUGCUCAAACUAUGCUGUUCGCUUCCUGUGUCCAAAACACAAUCAGUCAGAUGUUGAACCGACCUGGGGUCCAUGGUCAGAUUGGAGUCCAUGCACAGCUCAUUGUGAUCAGGUGGCAACACAACAUCGCUCUAGAUCCUGCAAAUCCAUUUCCAAGCAAUGCAAUGGCCAAGCUGUCGAGGGCAGGACAUGUGAAGGGCCAUCUUGCCCAAGCUGUGAUCUGCAUUGUGUAAUGGGCAGUGUGAAUGCUGAAUGUGAUGGCUGUACGUGUAAAGAUCACACAGUUCUGGGAUCAGUCCGUAGUGCCGGUGGCCUCCCUGCACCAGGAGCUGCCAUCCUCCGUACUGAUGCAAGCCCCAGACUCCUCACGGUUACCGAUCACAAUGGACAUUUUCACAUCCUUGGAAUCUGCCCUGACGGCAACACUACUUUGAUGGUCAAACUGCAUAAUCACACUCCACACAAAGUCAUUGUGCCCCACAGCGCAGAACCCACCUCGGUCCUCCAUUUAAAGCUGGAGAGAGCAAAAAAACUCUAUGUGGUAAAAAACCCAGAGAACAAGGCCAGAAAAGAGGGUCAAACCGUUGCUUUCUGUUGUAAGGUUGAUGGCUCACCUGAACCAGACAAGUAUGAAUGGUUUCACAAUGGUGCUCUGCUGGACAGGGAUCAAUAUCGGUAUGACAAGACAUUGAUUCUGAGGAAUCUUAGUUCGGACCAAAUGGGAGAUUACUACUGCAGAGCCAGUAAUGAAAAUGGAGCCAUCAAAUCCAAACCAGUAACCCUCACAGUUAUUGGUCAAAAUGAACCAUCAUGUAACCCUACUCCUGACUCCCACCUGAUUCGGCUACCACAUGACUGUUUUCAAAACGAGACCAAUUCAUUGUACUAUGACGUGGGAAGAUGUCCUACAUCCACAUGUACUGGGAAAUUGAAUAAUGGCAUCAGAUGCGAAGACUCCGAUUCCUACUGCUGUGGAAUUUCAAACAUGGAGGAAAAAGAGAUUAAAUGUCAGGGAUACCAAUUACCCAUCAUGGUAGUUACUCAAUGUGGGUGCAAAACAUGCGUGGACACAAAAUCUAUUGUUCGUGGACGUGCCAUUGCAGCAGACAAUGGUGAGCCCAUGAGGUUUGGACACAUUUACAUGGAUGGCGUAAGAAUAAGUCGAACAGGAUACAAAGGCACUUUUUCAAUCCAGGUUCCAAAGGACACAGAGCGUCUUGUUCUAACAUUUGUGGACAACUUGCAAAAGUUUGUGAACACCACAAAAGUACUACCAUUCAAUACUAAAGGAGGAGCUGUGUUCCACGAGAUCAAGCUGUUGAGGAAAAAGCCGGCUGUGAUCAUUAGCUCAAGAGAGACUAAUAAGUUAGAGCUUGGUGAGUCAGAGGGCCAGGAGCCCAUUGCCGAGAUUGAGAUCCCACCCAACACAUUCUAUAAAGAAAAUGGAGAGGUGUUUAUGGGAAAUGUCAAGGCUAGUGUGACAUUCCUUGACCCAAGGGAUACAUCAACAGCAGCAGCUGCCCAGAGUGAUCUCAACUUCAUUAGUGAUGAAGGCGAUACUCUGCCCUUGAGGACGUAUGGAAUGUUCUCAGUAGACUUCAGAGAUGAGGAGGGAGGCGAGUCACUCAAUGCUGGAGAGGUAAAAGUACGUCUUGAUGCAGCGCAAGUGAAGGUACCAGAGCACUUGAAGACCAUGAUGUUGUGGUCCCUUAAUCCUGAUACAGGCUUGUGGGAAGAAGAGGGACAGUUCCAUGCCGAGAAAAAGCAAAGAGGAAAACGAGAAGAGAGGACUUUCCUUAUAGGCAAUAUGGAAAUCCGUGAGAGACGUCUGUUUAACUUGGACGUACCAGAGAACAGAAGAUGUUACGUAAAAGUGCGGGCAUUCCGUAGUGAAAGGUUUAUGCCAAGCGAACAGGUCGAAGGAGUCGUGAUGACUUUAAUAAACAUGGAGCCCACGCCAGGGUUUUCGACCAACCCCAGGGCUUGGGGUAGAUUCGACAGCGUCAUCACUGGCACAAAUGGUGCGUGCCUUCCAGCCUUCUGUGACGAAGAAAAAACAGAUGCAUAUUUUGCCUACGUCAUGGCCAACCUUGGGGGAGAAGAGCUUGAGGCCGUAGCAUCAUCUCCAAAGUUAAAUCCUAACAUCAUCGGUGUUCCACAACCUUCUUUGAAUAAACUAAACUACAGACGUACAGACCACGAUGAUCCCAGAAUAAAGAAGACAGCAUUCAGCAUCAAUGUGGCCAAACCUAAGUCGAACAUAGCUGAGGAAGCCAAUGGCCCAAUUUACCCAUAUGAGAAACUUAAGGAGUGCGAGGAAGCUCCAUUUAGUGCCGCUCACUUUCGUUUCUCAAGAGUCGAGGGAGAUCGCUACGAUUACAACACGGUGCCAUUCAACGAGGAUGAUCCCAUGAGCUGGACAGAGGACUACCUGAGUUGGUGGCCAAAGCCCAUGGAAUACAGGGCCUGCUAUAUUAAAGUCAAACUCAACAGCCCCCAUGAGCUUAACGUUCGUUCUCGCAACAUGGGAGGUACACAUCCAAAAACUGUUGGCCAACUGUACGGCCUACGUGAUACCAGAAGCAUCCGCGACAUGGACCAAGCCACUGUUUCUGCUGUGUGUGUAGAGUUCAAGUGUAGUGGGAUGCUCUACGACCAGGACAGAGUGGAUCGUACCCUCGUUAAGGUAAUUCCUCAGGGCAGCUGCAAGAGAGACAGCGUAAACAGCAUGCUACAAGAAUAUUUGGUAAACCAUCUCCCACUGGCUGUCAACAAUGACACAAAUGAGUUUACCAUGCUUGCGCCUUUGGAUCCACUGGGACACAACUACGGUAUCUAUACGGUGACUGAUCAAGACCCCCGGACAGCCAAAGAAAUCGCCCUUGGCCGUUGUUUUGAUGGGACAUCAGAUGGUUCUUCCAGAGUCAUGAAGAGCAAAGAAGGCAUUGCACUGACAUUCACCUGUGGGGAUAAGGAGGUCACGAGGCAAAGUGUGUUUCAGCAGAUGCAGAACACAGUGGGUCAGGCUACAGCAGGGAGUACAAGGCCAGGACGAGGAGAAAGGAGGCAGAGAGGCAGCUCGUCAGGAUCUCGUAACAAUAGGAGGAGUACUCGUAACCCAAACACACGUACCAAAACUGUUGGCUGAUAUCCCAAGUAUUUAAAACUCGACCCAUAUCAAAGCUACUCUUCUAUGAGUUUUUGUUUAGUUACUGGAUUUAAGCCAUUGCAAAUCUUGAGGGCAGUAAGAAAAUCGAUUUAGGUGGGUACUUAAAUGGCUGGCAAAGUCUUAUGAAUCAGAGUCAUUGAGGAUGGUUGAUCACAUAUUACCUGGAAAACAAUAAAGCAUAUGCCCCCCUUCUAAAAUUACUAUACAUUUUAUUGAUAUCCAA